UGGGUUGUUCGGGAUUUUCCCGUUCCAGCAAAUGGUUCGGCGGCAGUGUUCCGGAACGUGCCUUGCCUCUUGCUCUAACAUGCGGGAGUUCCACACCAAGAACUGAGUAUUUAUUUCCCAUGGAGUGUUCUGCAUCUGAGUAUAGUCUUGUUCUCCCAUAUGGUUCCCACUCUUCCGACGAAUGUGGCUACUGCAAAGGAACCAAUGAGGGCUUGCAUACGACUUGGGGCAUGGGUACAGAACGCCUCACUGUAUCUGAUUAUCAAUACCUGAUAGAUCGUGGGUGGCGUCGAUCCGGUACUUAUUGCUACAAGCCACUCAAUGAGGUUACCUGUUGCCCUUGUUAUACUAUUCGAUGCGAUGCACUCGCUUUUCGGCCGUCACGUUCCCACAAACGCGUAAUUCGAAACGUCGCAACUUUCCUUAAGACAGGAAGAUACAAUUUUGUUAAGACAUCGACAAGGUAUCCCGGUCCAUCUAAUUCUCCCUAUCAACGAGGAUCAUCGUUACUUUUAACUGCAGGCGGAGAUAUCCCAUCCAUUCCGCCUAAAAAUGCCCGGUGUUUACUUCCAGAGGAUUCUCGCAACAUAUUAGCCCAACAAAUCUCUGCAGCGGGUGACAGACCCAUCGAGCCUUCUGUCGCCUCAAACGCGUGCUCCUCGCCGGUUCAACUUCUUUCGGGACCACAUCGCGGUGGUUCCGUUGUGGUAUUGCCGUCAAGACAAGCGAAGUCGUCCAAAUCGCGUAUACGCCGUUGGAAUGCCAAGCUUCUGCGAAUGAAAGAGAAAGCCGAGAGGGAAAAGCGCAGUGUGGAAGAAAUCUUCGAAGAGUACAACAAGCGGCGACAAAUGCGUCUACGAAAAAAUCGGCCCAAGGAGUUGGAGGAUCUACUGCAGUGUAUCCCAACUAAAGAGGGAGCCUGUCACACUAUCGAAAUUCGCCUGGUUCGAAGCCAACCACCAAGUGCAGCGUUCCAAAGAACGAUUGAGUUGGAACACCUUGUUUACCAAGAAUAUCAGAUGAAAGUUCAUCACGAUGAACCAUCCAAAUGUGAUAUGAAGUCUUUCACACGCUUUUUGGUGAAUUCUCCGCUCGUUCUGGACUCUGAACAAGAGUCUGGAGUGACCUCGGACGCAGCGCCUCAAUUCGGUUCUUAUCAUCAGCAAUACUGGUUGGAUGACGAAAAAUUAAUAGCUGUUGGAGUGGUUGAUCUACUUCCUAAGUGCUUGUCUUCAGUUUACCUGUUUUACGAUCCGGAUUACUCUUUUCUUCAAUUAGGAACGUAUUCUGCCCUCCGGGAGAUCGCUUUUGUUCGCGAGAUUGCUCGCCAAUUCGGUCCUACUUCACUAUCUCCGGAUUCUCGGUAUGCUGACUUCACCUCAUAUUACAUGGGAUACUUUAUUCGAUCUUGUCCCAAGAUGUCUUACAAGGCAAAGUUUCAACCCUCGUAUCUUGCCUGCCCCGAAACCUAUACGUGGGUCCCGCUGCAACAGUGUCUCGUACUGUUAAACUCAUAUUCUAACGGGAAAUAUUGCCGCUUCUCUCCACCUUCUGAAACUGAUCAGUUCGCCAUAGAUACUCUAAUCGGGAAUGAUCCUUCAUCUGUGGACCAACAUAUUUUGUGUCAUAUUCGAUACGAAGCAAACCGAAAACGAAAGUCCCAGUAUGCUCCUAAAGACGAUUUGUGUUCUCUCAGCCCCGCAAUACAGCUGGAUCGUCUCAAAUCAAAUCUCAAUCCGAACUAUGUGAACACACUACGAGAAUGGGCCGUUUUGGUUGGGAAACGAGCCGUUGAUGGACACAUUCGAGUUAAAUUUGAUUGACCGGUGGCGAGUAUCACGCAGCUAUCAUGUAUGGCUAUCUGGCCCUCUUUCAUCAAACGUUUCACGGGGUUUUCUGUGGUUAAAAUGUGACGCCCGUGCAGCAAACUUCUUCGUGAUUACUGGUUCUUUUGCCCGGAACAUAUAGCUUACCUACUUUCCAUCUCCUUUGGGGCUUUAGAAUUCAUUGCGUUGCUUCCUUGCGUUGAUUAACUCACGAGUUGCUUGGACGUUGUCAUGGGUUCUGUUAACUAACCUCUACAUCUCGAGUGCCGCGUCGUUUAACUCUCUUCUAUUCAAUCAACAACGACUGAAACGAACACUGUCCUUGUCGAGAGCCUUCAGGAUUAAUAGAUUCUAAGAACCUAUGUGGCUGAAGCAUUUCUUGCCUGCUGAAUUACCUCAAUGCUGGUAUAAAUGUCGCUCUUCACUCAACUAGCUUGAAAGCUUGCAGGCUGCUUAUGGACUAAAAAGUUAUUUUGGACGUUGCAGCCACUAUGAAAACAUCGAAAGGUUGGACCCUCGGUUUCAUACGUCCGCGUUACACAGGACGCAACCUGUGAUCAAAACCUUGUUGCUUUCUAUGUGAGCCAUCUUUGAACGCCUUUACUACGCUCUGCUUCCCUCCGAUUUUUGAUAUCGCAACCAAUUUAUUCCACGAUUGACAGCGUCAAAGGCGGUCUUGCUUUGGAUGAACUCGCUGUCGGCUUGGGUGACCGGGCUUCUGAUUGCAAUCCUUGCAUUCACUGCUGGUGCUCUUCCGCACAUUCUCUGCACCCACAUCAAUCGGACCGUGUAUUACAUCAAUUUCUUCAACUUUCAUCCUAUCAUUAGCCACUUACAUGUAACUGAUCAAUUUGCAACUGGAUACGACAUGCUGAUGUGUUUGUCUUUAAUGGUAUUCACUGCAUUGAUGGAUUACGUUAUGUAAAUGUGUUCACAAGAUUCACUUCUUACUGAAGAAUUCUCGAACGAUUACAUUAGUUAUUCGUCAGUGCACUUGUGCUGAUGCUGGAAAAAUCCUUCUAGCAACACAGUCCCUACAUUAUAGCUCAUCCAGUUCUUACAAUGUGAAUUCAUCCUCGCGACCUUCUACUUUGAUACGUCUUAUGUUCUGACAAGCGCGACUGCUGACGUCCUGAACAGUUUCACUUGCAACAGAUGACCUCAUUAUCCUUUUGCUCGAUGCAGUUGGAAUUUCUGGAACAGUGACGGCACUUCAUUCUCUUUUGAUCCCAGUUAGCAGCGAACUAGUGCCACAAUCCCAAAACACUUCGUCAAGUUUGUGAUCAAACAGUAUAUAUAGAGGACGCUGCAGAGUCUGGUUCUGACUUGACUCGGGGUUACACUAAACGUAACUAUACGACGGCAUUUUCACACGAAUACUCUAUGGACUAUCCCGGAAUACGCUCACUGUGUACCGGGCGAAUAUUCGCAGCAAUAGAGUCUUAUCUCUACUUAUCGUCCUUUUCCCACACAGCUCUAAUUUAAUUGACAUUUUGUGCAAUUUUGCUGGCAUCUCAAGCCCAGCCGUCCUCUUUACGGAGGAUGUGGCAGGCACAUCUGCCUCUCUAUUAAGGAUCACACUUGUAUAUUUGACAUAACAUUUCACCUAAAAGCGAUAGAUAGAUGUCUUUUAACUAAGUAAUCUGAGGUGUCAGCCGCUUCAGCAGUGGGUUAUUUCCAUCACUGAUUGUUGUCCUGGUGCUUGCACAAAAGAAUUGGCGGCGCGUGAUGCUAUUAUGCGUCGCCAUCCGUGAGUAGCAGUGGUACAGUUCCAUCCAUAUUUGGAAAAGAACCACAUUUCCUGCAGAACUAAAGCACCAUUAAUGUGGUGCUUCGAUUUCUAAUUAUUAUGAUAAAUCCUGAAGCGUUUGUGCUUCAUUGAUACCCAUUUUGUUUUUGUCGAGCUAGUUUAUUAUUUAAUAACGCUUUAUUAGGUUCAAACCAAAAUUACCCGCAUUCUCAUCACUCCACUGCGGUUUGUGUAACUGUAUCUGAAUAAGACUACAUCCCCCGACGCUCGUUGUAACACAAAUCUUAAGAUGAUGUUUCCAAAG